AUGGCCAGCUCUGGCAGAGAUCGUUCUAGCGAAGCCGACACGCAAACCCUCAACAAGACCGCGCCGCCACCAGAUGACGCAGCACGGCCAUGGACCGACUCUGAGAAUCCGUUCAUCGCCUUUCGACGAUAUGCGGACGAACAAAUCUCUUCCAUGAUGCAAUCGAUUAUGGAUCUACCCUCUAUGGCGCCUCCGUUCUCAGAUAAAUGGCUGUAUUUCGAGGAUAAAAACGACAGCCGCGCAAUGCGCAAGGAAGAAGUCGGACACGACUCCGACCCCCGCUCAGACAAUCACUGGCGCCCUUCUCGAUGGGGACACUACCACAGAGAUAAUGACUUCUUCAACUACUGGGAUGCCCAUAGACGCUCAUCCGACUCUGGAUUCCACUCUUCCUUUGACGGAUUUCCGUUAGGCUUUGGUUUUCCCUUCCUGUUGCCAGAAAGCAUGUUCUGCGACGGAGACGAGGAGACUUGGCCGCUUGCUUAUAUACUGUUCAGUUCCUAUUCCCCUCUGCAUCUAGAGAGGGCGCACCACCGUGGCCGGCAUCAGCGAAGAAUAUUUUCGUCCUUAUUUUCGUCCCGCAAAUCUGCAGAACUAGAUCCCAACGAGCCGCGGUGGCGUGAUGCGUUCGAGGAUCUCAUAAGGGUCACAAAUGGACAGGAACUGUUGGAUCAAAGCACAGAAUCCGAGCGCACCACUCAAUCGGCUGACAAGUGGCUACGCGGGUUGGUACAAAGAGGCAGCCUUGGCAACAAUUGGAAGCUAUUGGGUCCAGAAAGCUCACCACAUGGAGUCGCUUUUGAGAGGCUCGAGCAGCAUAACAGUAACAAACAUGAUCAAGAGCCUCCAUCUUUGCAGGACACUCGUGAGAAUAUAGUUGAAGGUAGCGAUUCAGAGACAGAGCUGGAUCUAUACGAUCGUUUCCUCGAUGACAUUGCCAAGUCUCAUGAACGAUACUCCCAUGCUUUUGCAGACAGUCCGUUAAUGCGCCUUCUAGAUGAAGAACGCAAGCGGCAUAUGCGACAGGCAGAGACUCCACAAGCUUCGAUAGAAGAGACUGUGCAGAGCAAAGACUGGCUUGAGUAUACAUCUGAUGGUAACAAAAAUUUGCUUGCUUCUCAGUCAACUACAGACGACGAUUCUACUGCUAGCUCGAGAAUUGUUUCGACUAUGACACGCAGCGUGCGACGCACUUUGACCGACGGGUCAAUUUCAACCAAGACCGUUAAAACCAAGCGCUUUGCAGAUGGCCGUGAAGAAAGCGACGAGUCGGUUGAAGUCACCCCUCCCCCUUCAGCCGAGGUGAACACCCAUCACAGCCGCACUUCUGAAGAGGAUAAAGAGAAUAACGAUUCCGGACGAGGGGGUGGCUGGUUCUGGACACGGUAA